AUGGAAGCGUUUCAACCUCUUCGUUCCAUAGAACAUAUUCCACCUGUGGAACGGAAAGGACCGGAGGAACGCUUCUGGGAAACCUUUGACGAAAAAGCCCGGAUCCGCUUAACCGGCGCGGUGCAAGGAGUGCACUUCUCCCCGCUGGGUUCCAACCAGGUUGCCGUCACGGCCGAGUCGCGAGUAACCAUUCUCAAAUCGUCUACCGGGGAUUUGAUCAAGAGCUUCCCGCGUACGGACACCGUUGCCUAUGCUGGCCGCUACCGUACCGACGGUAAGCUUCUCGUUGCCGGGACAGAGAGCGGGCUUGUUCACCUGUACAACGCACAUAGUCGAUCAAUACUGCGUACGUUUUCCGGCCAUAAGAGUUCUGUUCGGAGCGUAUACUUUACCAUAGACAAGUUGCGAGUGGUGUCUGCGUCUGACGAUAUGACCGUACGCAUCACGGAUAUUCCUAGUGAACAGUGCCUGCUCAGCUUACACCACGCAGACCGAGUUCGGGCCCAGACGCCGUGCCCAGCAUCGCCGCAUCUGUGGCUCACCGGUUGCUACGACGGCGCGGUGCGACUCUUUGACCUCAGGUUGCCCAGUCAGAAGCCCGUUCGCAUGGUCUGGCAUGCACAGCAUGGGCAAGUUGACGACGUCUGUUUCCUCGAUAGCGAGAGCAGCACCUUCGUCGCUUCGGGCGGCGGCUCGUCAGUGCGCUGCUGGGAGCUGCUCCAUUCUAGCAGCGAUGUGGAGGCUGGUUCACAACGCGCGCUGCUCGCUGAGCUUGAACCGCAUCGGAAGGCAGUGAUGUCGUUAGCACUGGAUGCAACCCGACGCCGAUUGCUGUCCGUGUCACUUGAUGGGGCUUUGAAAGUCCACGAUCUGAGCGUCCUUUCAACCUUGCAUACGAGAUCCAUUGGAGCCGGUUGCCUCUGCAUGGAUCUCUCUGCCGAUGGGCGGAGUCUCGCGACCGGCCAUGUGGACGGUCAGCUUCGCAUCGAGCGACGUGGCGUGAGCAAACCUAGUGGCAUUGAAAACGAGACCAAUGUGGACGAACGAUCCGGUGAACCGGACUGGGCGAGUCUCGCGCGAGGUCACCUUGACCGCGGUGAUGCCCUGCGGCCGUACCGUCCGGGAACACGUCGCUACUUUCUGCGUGGCAUGUACGCGAAGCCCGACAGCGACAUCGACGACGUGAUUCUUGGUGAUGGCGACUCCACGAGCGGCACAAGUCGACGACGACGACGACAGCAUGAUCAGAAACCCUACGAUCACCAUCUGAGACGCUUUGCGUACGACAAAGCGCUGAGCGCUGUCUUAGAAACGAAUCAGAGUGGUUUGAUCGUGAGCAUGCUGGUAGAGCUCGACCGUCGCAAAGGCCUCCAAAAUGCGCUCUCUAGCCUGAAUGAGCAGCAAAUGAUAACCUUAAUCGAGUUUAUUGCGAAGCAUAUCGCGGACAGCCGCUAUAUCCAGGUGCUUGUACCGGUCUCGCAUCUAAUUGUUGACAUGCAUCAUACGAAAGAUUCUCUCUCAGGCUCCUUACUUGCCGCGCUGCAACGACUCGCAGCUCGCGUUCAACAACAGGUUCAUCAUCUCGGCGAUAUGGAGAAGAUGGCUGCAGCGAUCGAGCUCUUCCUCUCGUGA